AUGCCUCACAAACACAAGAAAUCCAAUGGCCUGAAAAACGACGUUCUAGGAGUAGAGAAAAAGGAGAAUCCUCCUGAGACACCCGCUAUCCUCCCUGCGACUAAAUACAAAGAAAUCCGUGGAAACGAGGCUGACGCUUUGCGCUCAAUCUAUUCGACCGAUUUCGAAGAUGUAGAGGUUCGACAAGCAGCUUGGCAUCAAGCCUCUGAAAGUAGCUUUCAAAUGCAUCUGAGAGCGUCCUCGAACCCGGACGUGAGUGUUGUCUUGUUAGUUUCGCUGCCUGCGACUUAUCCCAAGACAAUCCCAAAUUUGACCGUCCAAGGCCUCGAUGACCUCCGGAAGGGCGCCAAAUCCAGGAUCAAGGAUGUCAUUGAUACGAAACCGAAAAUUCUUCUGGGUUCGGAAAUGAUCUACGAACUUGCGUUAUCCAUCCAGGAUAUUCUCGAAGAUGUCGCAAUAUCACAAGCCGAGGACAAAGAUAUGCCAAGCCUGGAGGAAGAGCGGAUUGUCCAGGAAGCCGCAGCAAUCCAGCAAGCAGAAGAACAGAAGCAGGAAGAGCGGAGAAAGCAGGAACAAGCCACUGCUGAACAGGAGAAGGCCCUACAGACGCUAAUUGAGAGUAAAAUCAAACAGAGACAACGUGUGAAAGAACAAGUAUCGCGGCGGAGAAGCAAGGUGGCUCUCGAGCAUAAUGAGUCUUUUGAUUCAUCUGAAGAUAGUUCUGAAACUGUUUCUUUUGACCCACCGUUAGUAAUGAAUGACUAUGAUGAACGGCCCAUUACUUUCCAGGCGGUGUUUGGGAAGACAUUGAUUGCCAGCGCUCCGCACAAGGCGACUUUCACAGUUCGGCCCGUUUCUCCAGGCAAUGGGACUCGUGUUCCGCUUCUCGUCCUUAAAGAGCUAUUUAUUCGCGAAAAGGGCUCAGGACAUGACAUCCGACAGGAAAUUAGGGCGAGCGAGGACAAGCUUGAAAUCUUAAAGCGACUGAAACAUCCGAACCUAGUUGAUUUUAUCGGAUUCAAGAUAUAUCGUCCUCCCGAUCCCGAGGCGUUUCACGAAGGCACCUGGCAUAUUUAUACUUUGUUCGAGUAUGCUAACAAAGGAUCGCUAUCCGAACUUCUUGACAUGGUCGGUAGUUUGACUGCAGAUACCGCAAGGCCGUGGAUGAUACAGUUGCUUGAUGCGAUAGAGUACUAUCAUCGUAACGGUAUUGUUCACGGCAACAUUCACUCUGGACGAGUGUUAUUGUUCAGAACCCAGUCCAAUAACACGAUACUCAAACUCUUGAGUGGUGUGGGAGGGAAGCACUUUCCAGUGCCAUCUGGAGCCAAGCGAACCCUUACCUUCCUCGCAGUCUCCGUUUUGGAUACCCACCAGAGCUCACACAGAGAGUUCCAAGCCAAGCACAAAACUGAUGACUUCGAUGAAGCUGGGCGUCUAGGCAGGGGAGGAUUCGGGCAAGUUGUGAAAGCGCGAAAUAAACUUGACGGCGGGUUUUACGCAAUCAAGAAAAUCUCUUCAAAAUCAGGAAUUGCUCUCAAAGAUACUUUGUCUGAAAUUAUGUUACUAUCAAGGCUUAAUCAUCCAUACGUCGUGCGGUAUUUUACUGCAUGGCUCGAACGAGACUGUCACGCUAUUGACGAGGAGGCAGUAUCAUCUACAGAAGCAAAUUCGCCUCAUCCUGAAGACGACGUCGAUUUUGGAUAUAGCGCAAGUGGACUUGACUUCAUAAGCUCGAAGGGGUAUCCUGAUAUAGAAUUUGGUUACGAGAGUGAUGGACAAGACCACACGGAUAUAGCCUCAGAAGAAUCUGGCCACCAUCGGCCGCAGAGCCUUUCGAAAACAGAUGAAGGGUCAAACCUCCAAAGGCAGAGAUCGGGAUCAUCAUCCCAUAUUGUGACAACUACGCUUUAUAUUCAGAUGGAAUAUUGUGAAAAGCAUCCAUGGUAUUAUUCAUCUGAAGCGGAUAAUAUUUUUAUCGAUGUUGCGAACAACCCGCGCAUCGGCGACUUUGGCCUGGCUACGACCGGCCAGUUCACAAUGGCAGUUCGAUCUUCGAAUGUUACAGAUAUCGGUGGGAACUAUACCAGGAGUGUAGGCACCACCUACUAUGUUGCUCCUGAAAUGAAAUCAGCGUCGUUAGGCCAGUACAAUGAGAAAGUCGACACGGCGAUGGAACGCGAUCGUACUUUACAGAUGGUUAGGGAAAAAGUUCAUACGCUCCCAUCGACAUUCGAGGUACCAGAGAAAGCCAUCCAAGGCGAAAUAAUUGAAUCACUUCUGAGCCACCGUCCAAGUGAACGACCAACCGCGGCAGAACUUCUUCAAAGCGACAAAAUACCGCUACAAGUUGAGGAAGAAAUGUUUCGAAAGGCUAUUAUGGGCAUUCUAUCUGAUCGCAACUCACCGGACUAUAAUAAAAUCCUAUCAGCCAUUUUCUCCCAACCCACCAGAAAAUUCGAAGACAUCGCGUGGGAUAUGGACGCCCGCGGGACGCCAUCUGUUAAUGAAGUGUUGCUUCAAAGUCUUGUAAAAGAGAAAUUAUCAUCGAUAUUCCGGAAACACGGCGCUAUUGAGACGACACGCAGCUCUCUCUUUCCACGUUCCGAGCACUACCCGUCAGGGGUGGUGCGACUUUUAGACCCGUCAGGCAACCUUGUCCAGCUACCCUAUGACCUCACUCUUCCGAAUGCUCGUUCUAUAUCUAGAUUGGACUCUUCCAUCGAGAAGACCUUCACCUUUGGCACCGUCUACCGGGAAUCUAUACACGGGGGAGCACCGCGUGGCCAUCAUGAGGUUGACUUUGACAUGAUAUCUCAUAACACUUUGGAUUUGGCGUUAAAGGAGGCAGAAGUCAUGAAAGUUUUGGAUGAAAUUUUGAAUGAGUUCCCUUCCCUGAGGUCAGCCCCGAUGUGUUUCCACAUUAACCACUCAGAUCUCCUGGACGCGAUUUUGUCAUUCUGUCGAAUCAGCCCCCAGCAAAAGCCCCUAGUGAAGGAAAUCAUUAGCAAACUGAACAUCGGGCCGUACUCAAUACAGAAAAUUAGAAGUGAGCUUCGAUCUCCAACUAUCGGGGUCGCUUCAACUUCGGUCGACGACCUUGCUAGGUUCGACUUUCGAGAUAGUCCAGACAAAGCCCUAAAGCGGCUUCGUACCAUCAUGGAAGGAACAGAGUUUACAGACCGUCUCGCCCCAAUAUUCGCCCGUCUAAAUGCCGUGGUGUCGUAUCUUAAAGGAUUCCGCGUGAAGAGAAAGGUCUAUGUGAACCCGCUGAGCAGUCUUAAUGAUAAAUUUUUUCGCGGAAGUGUUCUCUUUCAAUGCGUUUCUGAUACUAAACGUCGGGAUGUUUUUGCGGCCGGAGGAAGGUACGACAGCCUCAUUCAAGAAUUCCACCCUAAAGUUCUGUAUUCAGGCAACCAGCGUCAUGCUGUCGGAUUUAACCUCGGAUGGGAAAAACUGUACCUCUCAAUGUCGAACUAUUUGAAAGGGUCAAACAAGGCCUUCCUCAAGCAAGGAGAGACGGAGAUAAGCGGAAUCUGGAGGUCCAGACGGUGUGAUGUCCUCGUCGCUAGUUUUGACCCUGCAGUCCUUCGUACCGUGGGUGUUGGGGUCGUUCAAGACCUUUGGGCGAAUGGGAUAAGUGCUGAACUUUCCGUCGAUGCUUCUUCCCUAGAGGAGAUUAUCACGCGUUAUAGAAAUGAUAAUCAUAGCUGGGUCGUCAUCGUCAAGCAGGAUAGCAUGGAGCGGGGCGUGAAAGUUAAGAAUAUUAGCACCAAGGAAGAGUAUGAGGUCAGAAGUUCUGAGUUGGCGGCGUGGCUUCUAAAUGAAAUCCGCAUACGGAAUCAACGUGAGCGUCUAACAAAUGCUGGCAAACCCCUGAAACAUCUGUACCAUCGAGAGUCCAGCGUUCCGGCUGGAGAAAAAGAUCCGGAUGUCAGGAUUCUGACCGCGAUCCACCGGAACAAGAAAAUGAACAGGCGAAACAUCAUUGAGGCCGCCAUUCGUGAAUCACGCAGCGUAAUGGACAGAGCGCUUGAUGGACCUAUUGCAGCAAUUGAUACUCGAGACGAUAUUUUGGAAGCCCUCCGGGACAUUCGUCUUUCAGAUCCUGACAGGUGGCGGACUUUGAUACAGAACUGCCCAUUAACGGAAAGGAAGUAUAUGGCUCAGGUGCAUGAAAUGCUCAACGACCUUGCCAAUGAGCGUCGAGACCCUCAGGAUGGCAAAGAAAAAUAUAAGAACGCGUUUAUCUACAAUUACCGGACCGGUAGUUGUAUCUAUUAUGAUCUCUCACGUAGUAAUGAGAAAUGA